AUGGGCAAAGUAGAGCUUCUGGUGGCAGAAACGAGCUAUUUGAAGCUGAUCAAGUCGUCUUUAGAGGCCAAUGGCGCAUUCGUGAAACCUAUCCACUUUGAGGAUGGAUGCAAGAUCGUCAGGACUGCCUACGACAUGGACGAUGCGCGAGUACAAGAGAUUCUGGAAACCUACAAAGGCGUGAAAGCCAGGGAGUACACAGUACAAGAAGCGGCCAUUUUUGACCGUGUGUCUCGUUUUACAGACGAGUACCUAACAAAAAAUGGAAUUAGCGCUGCGGAUCGGGUGGAACUUGCGGCACACAUUCCGCUUCGCUACACGUUGUACCACCCUGUAGUACUGUUCAAUAACUCUGCCGAGCGCAGCUUCCUCCAUGCGAGCUGGCAGAAUGUCCUGCAGAAGCCUGAGAACAGUCAAUUUUUUAAGUUGAUGUUGCAGGAGCUAUUCCCCCAAUACACGCAUGCGGCCACGAAUAUGCCUAUAGUGGAGCACGAUGUAAUGCGCCGCCCGUUCCACCUUGUACCGCUCGAAGGCUGCCUUUUCGAAGGAGAGGCCUGUGAACAAACCUGGGACGAGCCCACGCCGCGCGACUUUACCCGUUCUGUGUGGUGCCAUGUGGUUCAAAACGGCAUACACCAGUUCUGGUCGCCUGUGUUUACUAUGUUCAGCCGCGGCAACAUCAAGGAGAAAAAACGAAUUCUGGACACAUAUCCAGACAUCGGAGGCCGUGAUAUUGUUGACCUCUAUGCCGGAAUCGGCUACUUCACGCUAAGCUAUCUAAAGGCUGGUGCCCGCCGUGUCUUCUGCUUUGAGCUGAAUCCGUGGAGCACGGAGGGCCUCCGUCGUGGGGUUGCUUUCAAUAACUUCCGUGGCGAAUGCCAUGUCUUCCAGGAGUCUAACGUGAACUGUAUUGCCCGGUUGGCGCAGUUCCAGAAUCUGGAAAUACGUCACAUAAACCUCGGGCUUUUACCGAGCAGUGCUCAGGGUUACCCGCUGGCACUUUCUCUUGUACGCGACCGAAGCGCGCUCUCUCUUACGACGCUGCAUAUCCACGAGAACGUGCAUCUCGAUAGCUUGACCUCAGGCCAGUUCACCGAGCAAACAGUAAAUCACCUUCAAGAAAUCGAGCCGCUCUUCCAGUACCGCGCGCGCCAUCUUGAAAAGAUUAAAACGUUCGCCCCAGAUGUGUGGCAUGUGUGCCUCGACGUUGACGUCCACGUUCCAGGUCGCUGA